CGCAGUGCUUUGACUGUCCAUGAUACAAAUCGAUUGUGUGAGUAUUAUUAUACAAAGAAGACAUGGCAAAAACGUCUAAAUUGUGCUUGGGAAAAUGGCGAUUAUGGAUAACAUCGCUUCUUUUCUGCGUUACCGCUGCUGAUGUUCGUUAUUCUGUGCCGGAGGAAACCAAGACAAAAUUUGUUAUUGGAAAUCUAAGUAAGGAUGUUAAUUUGGAUUAUAAUCGCUUGAGAUUUCGCAAGGCCCGUUUGGAUUACCAAGGGGACAGAAGGUACUGUGAAAUAGACCUAGAUUCAGGGAAUCUUUUUGUUUCGGAAAGGAUCGACCGAGAAAUGCUAUGCGGAACUGCCUCCCCCUGCAUCAUGCACUUUGAAUUUAUUCUUGAAAACCCUUUAGAACUUCAUAACAUCGCUUUAGAGGUCCAGGACGUCAAUGACAACCCUCCUGUUUUCCCAAAAGGUUCGAUAAAGCUCGAGAUAAGCGAAGGAGCUCCGACAGGAAGCAAAUUACAAUUAACUCGAGCACGGGAUUUGGAUGUGGGAAUUAAUUCAGUUCAGACAUAUAUUCUCAGUCAAAACAAACAUUUUGUUCUUGAUACAAAGUCAAGCAAAGACCGUUAUGUGGAUAUUGUUUUAAAAAACAGCCUGGACCGAGAGACAAGGGGAGAGCAUUCUUUGAUAUUGUCUGCGGUAGAUGGCGGAAACCCUCCCAAUUCUGGAACUGUUGUUAUUGAAGUGGUUGUAAUUGACAUGAAUGACAAUGCACCAUUAUUUUUGCAGCCUUUGUAUAACGCUCGGUUAUCUGAAAAUUCAGCACUGGGAACGUCUGUCAUCAAAAUCACGGCUACCGAUGAGGAUGAGGGCGCAAAUGGAGAAAUAAAAUAUUAUAUCAAUCACCUGUCUGACAACACAAAACAGUUGUUUAAAAUUGAUGAAAACUACGGGGAAAUAUCAGUUAUUGGACAGCUGGACCACGAGAAAGCCUCCUCAUAUGAGGUGGAAGUGCAAGCAGAGGAUGGCGGAGGUCAGACAGGCCACUGUAAAGUUGUUAUUGAAAUAGAUGAUGUCAACGACAACGCGCCUGUUAUAUCUGUGAAAUCUCUAAAAAAUAAAAUCCCAGAAAACACAACACCAGGCACAGAGAUAGCCGUAAUAAACGUAAAAGACCAAGACUCAGGAGAAAACAGCCGGAUUAGUUGUUCCAUUUCGCCGAAUCUGCCAUUUCAGCUACAGCCAUACAUUAAGUCUUAUUUCAUUCUCACUACAAGUAGUUCGCUUGAUCGGGAACAAAUCGAUAAUUACAAUGUGACAAUAAUCGCAACCGAUGGAGGUAUACCACCCUUAUUUUCCAACAUUUCUCUGAACAUACAAGUUUCUGACGUCAACGACAACUCCCCUAGAUUUGAACUGCAGAGUUACUUCAUUUAUAUAAGUGAAAAUAAGCAAGCAGGCACCUCUGUUUGUUCUGUCAGUGCAAAUGACCCAGACUGGAGACAGAAUGGGACUGUACUGUACUCUCUGGUACCCAGUGAAGUCAACGGGGUCCCAAUGUCCUCAUUUCUCUCUAUUAAUGGAGAUACAGGAGUGAUUCAUACUGUGAGAUCAUUUGACUAUGAGCAGUUCAGAAACUUCAGUGUCAAAGUUGUUGCCAGAGACAAUGGUUCACCUCCACUCAGCAGUAACGUGACUGUCAAAGUCUUCAUAACGGAUGAGAAUGAUAACUCUCCACAGAUAUUAUACCCUGUUCCUGACGGAAAGACUUUAAUGACUGAAAUGGUCCCUAAAGCGACUCUCUCAGGCUCUCUGGUGUCAAAUGUGAUUGCUGUAGAUGCUGACUCUGGACAGAAUGCAUGGCUGUCCUAUCAAAUCUUGAAAUCUACUGAUCCGGGACUUUUCACUAUUGGUCUCCAUAGUGGAGAGAUCAAAACUCAACGAGACAUUUCUGAAUCUGACAAUAUGAAGCAGAAUCUUGUUAUUUCAGUAAAGGAUAAUGGCCAGCCAUCUUUGUCUACAACAUGUGUUGUGAAUUUACUGAUUUCUGAUAAUCUUUCUGAAGUUCCUGAACUUAAAGAUAUGAGCUAUGAGGACAACAACUCUAAAUUAACCUCAUACUUGAUCAUUGCAUUAGUUUCCGUCUGCACUUUCUUCCUGACGUUCAUCAUACUGAUGUUGGCAGUGAAGUUUUGUCACAGGAGAAAGCCCAGACUGUUGUUUGAUGGAGCAGUUGCUGUUCCCAGCGCCUAUUUGCCUCCAAACUAUGCAGAUGUGGAUGGAGCAGGAACUAUCCGCAGCUCUUACAAUUAUGACGCGUAUCUGACAACAGGCUCGCGCACCAGUGACUUUAAGUUUGUGAGCUCGUAUAAUGAAAACACACUUCCGGCUGGUGGGAUUCUGGAUAAGAGUAAAAUCGAUUUUAAUAUGUUGCGCCUGUCUGACGUAGGGGAAUGUACCGAGCAAAAGCCACCUAAUACUGACUGGCGAUUUCCCCCAAACCAGAGGCCUGGACCCAGCGGGGCUGGAGCACGUCCUGAAGAGGCAGGUGCCGGUGCUGGUGUGAUAGCAGGAACAGGACCAUGGCCCAACCCCCCUACUGAGGCUGAACAGCUCCAGGCUAUGAUGGCAGCAGCAAACGCAAGUGAAGCCACUGCGACUCUUGGCCCUCGCUACAAUCUACAGUAUGGCCCGGAUUACCGUCAGAACGUCUACAUCCCAGGCAGCACUGCCACCCUUACAGCCAACCCUCAGCAACAGGUUCUCCAGCAGGCCCUUCCUCCACCACAGGCCCUUCCACCUACCGAAGCCCCCAAAGCGGCUCAAACACCAGCCAGUAAGAAGAAACCCACAAAGAAAGACAAGAAGUAAGACCUGUGGAAUAGCUGAAGAAACAUGUUGCCGGGAAUCUAAACAUCUAUCCUCUCAAACCAUGUUGGGUUUGGAUGAAGAUUUAAAAAGAAAAAAGUGAAUAGUAUUACUUGUUUUAGCGUUAACAUGAGACAAUAAGCAACCAAACAAGAGGAAAUGUGUUCAGAUUCCCGAAGCCAUUUCUCUGACAGAUAUCUCUGUCUUGUAAAUAGCAUACUAAAACAAGAAGAAACACAUUUCUUCUUUUUAUUUUUUCCCUCAAAUGUCACGUUUUAGGCUUUUUGUGUUCUUUUCAAAGCAAAGUAGAUGCUUAUUGUGGAUACAAAAUGAAACGCUGUUAGGCUUUUUAACAUGAUGUGCCACAACUCUCACCUUAACUGAAGAAAGGAGUAUUGAGCUGAACUAUGCAUUGCAAAGGAGAUACAAAAGGUGAACGUAUAUAUAAAGUGUUUUCCAGGUGAGAUAAUACAUGUAUAUUUGCGUAAAAAAAUCUGACGGUGAGACACUGGAUUGUCGGCAUGGUGUUUAAAAAUAGAUUCAGUCUUCUCAUUAACUUCUUAAUAGCCAGUUAAGCAGAGCUGAAUGUUAGGUUAAUGACGUUUGACUAUUCUUUGUUAUUAUUUCCUGUUGGCGUGCUAAAGAAUCCUCUGGAAAUGAAGUAAUGUAAACAGUGUUUUUUUGAUGCUGAGAAAAGAUAAUCACAGCCUUUGUAAGGUCAAUGAUUUGGGUCAAAGGAAGAAGAUCUAAAGAAGGAAACAGCAGAAAUGUGCUUGAAUGGAUCUUAGAUGGAAGGAUUUCAUGUCUGUUCAUCUGCACCUACCACCACUAUCGUGUAUAUAAAAUGUGUAACCUGUCUGUACAAACAUUAGAGCCACAAGGGCUGGCUGUUACAGGAAUGUUUCAGUAUUUUUUACAAAAAAAAGCAACAAAAAAAGACACUAGAAAAAAAAAAGAUCCAGUGUAGUGUUUUAGGAAUAAAAGCUUCAAGUCCAUCGACUAACCAAACUGUACAUACUACGAAACUUCUGAUGACACGCAAUCGUAGCUUAAGGCUUGUGGAGUAUGUGCAUAUUUUUGUGUUUUCCCCCUCUUGAUUACACUUUACUUUCCUCUUCUCCAAUCACCUAAACCUUUGAAAGAUAACAGACAAUACUUAUACUGUCUUUGCUAUAGAGUAACACCCUUUCCUAUCUUACUGUACUUUUCUGUGCUUGUAAUUCCAAUCAGUCCUUAAUGAUACUGGAAUGCCACUCCUGUCUGUUUGACUUUGAAUAUCUAUCUAUCUAUAUAUAUAUAAAUGUCUGUCUGCUGCUUGGCUACUUUUUCUGUAUUUGACUGUGAUUCCUUUAAAGAAACGCUUAGCACCUCAUGUUACUCUUUUUAUUUUAUAAUCUACUAUUUAUAUCGCUGUUUGAUUUAUGUUUUACUUUAUUAUUGGAACACUUACAUUUGAAAUAAAAUUUUGUCAGAACUC